CCCUGCACAGGGAGUUGCCAAGAUACCAGCGGAAAAGUAAAGAGGGGAACCUACUUCUAUUGCCGCGUCCCCCGGCGCCUGCCGGUCCGGGCAGCUGUGGCGGGCGGCGGCGAGAAGCAAGAUUCAGGAGCGCCCGCGGAAUCCCCCCAAGCAGGGUUUGUCCUGGGAAGAUGGCCUGCUAUGGAAAAUGCAUUGAAACUGUGAUUAAGCACCUGGACCAGUUCAAACCUGGGCGGGACAAUCCCGAGCAGUUCCUGGAGGCGGUGUCCACCUCCCUGCAGGCCCUGAGCCCCCAGAAGCAGGCAUUCAUUAUGGAGGUUCUGUCCGGGUGCCUGGAAUACCACAAGCUGCUGACCGUCGUGGUGGACGCCUUCUACGUGCGGGACGGCCAGCUCUGCCUGUGGGCCGACUACAGCCUCUUUGAGGUGACCUGCUACCUGGCCGCUUUCCAGCUGGAGGAGCUCGGCUUCCGGCUCUUCUCCAGCAUCAUCAAGUCCCAGCCUCUGCACAAGAUGUGCAAGUUCCUCGGGUUCCUCUUCAACCCCCUGAACCUCGGCUCGUGGAUCAAGGACGAGUGGAGCCUCGUGUACGAGACAGCCUACGUGAAGGAGAACUGGAUUGACCCCCUGAUGAGGUGGCAGCCGGAGGUCCAGGAGCUGAUCACCCAGCUGCAGGGGGUGUUGACCAAUCAGUCUCCUCCUUCAAAGACCAAGACCAAGGUCACAGAGCCCAAGGAGUUCAACCUGACUGCCCCCAGGCCCCGCGCCAUUCCAGUGCCCGAGCCAGUGCCCGAGGUGGCCAAGACAAGACCGGUCCCCAGGAGCACCUACCAGCCGCCCAGGGAGCAGCAGCUACUGGAGGUGACCAAGAGACACAAUCGCUGGAAGGCUGAGGAGCUGCUGCUGAGGGCCAACAUCGAGGCGAUGCGGUGCGCGGUGCCUAGGACCCGCGGGGAGCCCCCAGAGCAGGACCCCAAGAAGAAGCUGCAGCUCCGAGACCCACCUCGAAUCCUCAAGACCCCGAAGCUGACCUUCUACAGGCCUAACAACGCCCCGGUCAAGCUGAACACAGCUGCCGUCCUGCGAGAAGCGGCCCUGUACCAGCGGCAGGUGGAGAAGGAGCUGCAGAGGGUGGAUAAGCUUGUGGACGGAGCCGGGGACUUCUCCGAGUUCCUCGAGUGGCAGAAGAAGAUGCAGGCCAAGGACCGGGCGGAGCAGCUGGCGGCGGGCGAGUGCCGGAGGCUGCAGGGGAAGCUGAGCCACGAGGAGGCCAUCCUGGCACGGAAGCAGGUCGAGCUGGAGAAGAAGCAGAAGGCGGAGCGGCAGAAGGAGGAGACAGCGGAGCUGAUGCAGCAGUGUGCUGAGAGGCGCCUCCAGGAGGAAAGGUCCGUGAAGGAGCUGGUGGAGCAGGUGAUGGAGACGCAGAAGAACGUCAGAGCGGCACAGACGAAGCUCCUGAAGGGCCGCCGGCAGAUAGUUCAGGAGGUGAUGGAGGAGAGCCGGGAGCUGCUACAGCGCAGCGCAGAGGCGGCCAAGGAGGAGCAGAGGCGGCGCUGUGAGCUUACCGCCCAGCUGCGAGCCCUGGAGACGCAGCCCACGCGCAAGGGCAAGCUGGUGGACCUAACGCAGAUCCCCGGCUAUGGCUUAGAAGGGGAGAUGUCCAUUGUGGAAUUGCGCGAGCGGCUGGCUCUGCUCAAGGAAGCCCAGCAGCGCAAGCAGGAGGAGAAGCGAGACCAGAUCAUCCGAGGCAAGCGCGCCAAGAGCCAGGAGCUGCAGAACGCGGUGGAGCAGGUCGCGCUAUGCCGGGCGGCCAAUGGGAGGACUGCGGCCUUGAGGUGGGAGGAGAAGAAGGCGCAGUCGGCGACUGCAGGAGCGCCCUCCCAGGACGAGCGGGUGCUGGAGCUGCAGCGCAGGAUCCGGGAGAAGGCGGCCCAGCGCCGCGGGCAGGGGGCCCAGCCGCACGUGUCGGCGCCGCAGGCCCUGCGCCCCAAGCCGCGAGCUCAGCGAGAGGCGCAGCGGAGGCUGGAGCUGGAGCAGAGCAGGGAGCGCCGGCUGCGGGCGCUGCUGCAAGAAGGCGUGGCUUGCGGGCCCGCGCGCCGCCUGGGGGCCGCCUGAGCCGGGCAGGCACGGCCCCGGACCCUGAGACCCCCCCCCCGCCACACACACACCUGAAUAAAGUGUGCGCCGCGGUGUGCGCCUCUCCUUCCUUGGCCGCGCGCCCCACUCCGCCCAGAGCUGGGUUGCCCAAUGAAAUGCAAGUCGCCCAGUUGUUGCGUGGGACAAGCUAAUGAUGAAAAGUAUAGUCUUUAUCUGGAAUUCAGAUUUAUUCGGGAGGCUUGUAUUUUACCUGCUAAACAAAGCCUCUCUAGCCCAGACCUUAGCCCUUCCCUAGGGCCUAGCGCUAGGGAUUCCUGGCGCCCUGUCCUUGGAGUUCCCAGAGCCUGUUCUGCCCGUGGAAAUCUGGAAUGCCCAUUCUCUGCCCUGAGUCGGUGGCUUAGUCUGAUUGUGCGUGUGCAGUUAGUGGGAGAAGUGACCGGAAUUCUUGCGCCACUAGAAAUUGGGCCUUCUCACCCCUUCGCUCAUGUAAACCUCACCGCGAUGGGGGGAGCUGGCUGGGGAUGUAGGAACUGUCCCCAACACUCAUCUGCUGAUGAGGCCACUGGUGCUCAAAGAGAUGAUGUCACCUGCCAGGAGAGCCAGGACCCAGCAGUACCAAGCCGGGAUGACUUUAGAGCACCACCCAGCCUCCGCCAGCGACACCAAAGGAACAAGGUUGGAGGCACUGGUGGGAGCCCGCCCAGGGCUCUGACAGGAAUGGAUUCACUCUCCUGAGUCCUCAGACCCAGCCCUGGACUGGAAGUGCUUGUCUUUGAGGACAGGCUGAGUGAGUGAAAGCCUCCUGGUGAAUAGUGCCAAUAUGCCACUGCUCCCAGGAGAGACUGGCAAGCCCAUGGGGCUCGAGGCAGUAAGGGAGGCGGCUGGGAAGUGCCAGGUGGAUAGGUUUCUGGGGGAGAGAUCCCCACACUUCACAUCCUCCCUGGGUCUGCUGAGAUUGGCACCUGGAAGGCGGGCUGGGCCCCAGGGUACUUUCAGCCAGGAGGGUGGACAUCUCUAAGUGGCAGGAACAGGCUAAAGACCAGAGUGCUCCCCAGCAUUCUCAACUGUGUCAGAACCCCAGGACUUUCCCACAACCCAUGUUGGUAAAAAGAGGAAUUCCCCACCUGUCAAAUUAGAGCUGGGAGCAGAUUAAAUUUCAUUUAAAGCAAUAAACGUGACAUUUCUUACA